UUCAAAGCUCCACUACCGAUGAAGUGGUAGACGUUCGAGCUGGUACCCAGUUUUCCUUAUUUCUCACCAAGAAAGGGUUUUUAUAUUCGUGUGGUAAAAAUUCCCAUCAACAACAAGGAAAACCAAAAUCAUAUGUAUAUAUUAUGGAUAUUAUGAAAAUUACGACGAAGGAAUUUAAUUACAAUGCUUUCAAGAUUAGCUCGAUAUGUUGUGGCACCAAUUUUUCUUGCAUUGUCACACAAAAUGGAAAGGCCUUUACCACCAUCAAGCCAGCACAUACAUCAGUUGGAGAAAAUAAGGAGCACGGGUUCUUUGAGGUAGAAUAUUUCACAACGAAUAACAUUCACAUUAAGAAGGCCUUUGCCACAAUGAAGGGCCUAAUUUUCCAAACCUCCAAUGACACCUUGUUCUUUGCCGAGGUGAAAGAAGUUGUCAACAAUUCGUCAUCAUUUGUAAAGGCAUUGUCUAUGGGACGGCCAAAGCUGAUAUUAUUCGACAAGUACAACGUUUCCAAAAAGAAGAUAUUUUGCUCCCCUGAUUCCGAUACUUUCUUCAUUAUGAAUCUCAGGUCCACCCAUAUGGAAGACUUUGUUUCAAACCUCAAAUCUUCGACGUCCUUCUUUUCAGAUUUGUCCUUCUCAUGGUGA